AGAGCAACAAUUUCUCCUCUGCCAACUGUGCAUUUCACUUUCAUAAGAGCAUGAAAAAGGGCAAUGAUGUCGUCACAUGAACGCUUUUUUUUUUUUAAAUGAGGGUUAGUUUGGUUAGAUGAUUUGGCAGAACGAUAGCCAGUUUUAUAGCGGUGCCUCCGUUAGCAUUCAAAAAAUUCUACUUUAACGUCAAGCUAGCGGCGCACUCUAUCGUCUCGUUUUUCCCAGACAUACACUCUCAAUUUAUUCUACAUCUCGCAGUUCGAAAAGCUGUAAUUGCUUCCGUUUGUAUUGGGCAUUGAGUGCGCAUGCGCGGAGAUUCAACAUCGCGCAUACCUGAGUAGACGCCAGUUCGUUCCCAUCGAAACAUCAGGCAUGGCUGAAGAAAGAAGCAACGAAUACACGCCUCCUGUGUUCAGCUUCAUGGACGAAGCAACCAUAAGUUCAAGCCGUGAAAACACCCAGGCCGCUUCGUCUUCUUUGAGCGCCUACCCAACAAUUCCUGAGACCACCGGCGUUGACGAAUGGAACACGCAGUACCACCCGGCUGGUGCGGUAUCGACCGUCUCCGGGCAUACACACAGCACAGAAAUCGGAAGCACAAAUUCCACACUUCUGGCUUACAGCAGCAGUGGCGGCGUCUACAAUGCAGAGGCCAGCACAAGCUAUGCGCGCAUGUAGGAGCCA